AUGGUUUUUGAGAGAUCAGUUCUUCUUUCCUUUGACUGGGCGAUAGACAGCAACCACGACAGCGUGGUCUCUCUCGUAUGGUUCCAGUGUGACCUGCUCGAGUGGCUUGAACUUCUCCUCCUUCAACUUGUUGACUUCUCCGGCGAAGACGGCCUCUGGCUCGGCUGUGCUGUCAAUGCAGUUAGCUUUGAUGGAGAUGACGGCAUGUCCACCGUUUUUAAGGAAGUUUUGUGCGUUGAGGGCAACAAUACGAGCUUGAUCUGGUUGAGCGACAUCAGAGAAGAUGACAUCGACCAUUCCUGA